GUUGUCCUUCACUAACAUAUUUGUAAUUGAGGUUUGGUGAAACUGUCGAAUAACUUAUCGGCAGACAAUAAUUUAAGUUGGAGUGGAUCGUUUUACUUUUUACAACUUUGUUAAGCUGACUCGGAAAGACAACAGUUCUCUUUUUGUGUGUUGGGUUGCUAUGGAAACCAUACGUGUUGGCCAUGCGUUACUGAGACAUUAUCCUCUGUCUGUGAAAUGUCAUAAUGUACCAUGAAAACAUCAAAGCUACCCGUGAAGCUGUCACCAGGGAGGACGGGGAGCCUUCCUCCUGCUCGCAUGCUUGGGUCCCCCAGUGUCCCUAACCUGACAGGAAAGAAUGAUCACCUUCUUCACAACAAAACGCUCAGUGAUGACGAAAAUCAUCUCCCAGAUGAUGGGAGGUUGGUUGGUUUGCGCUACAUCACCGAGGACCUGAUAAGGAGGGUGACUAAACAAGAUGACCUCUCCUCUGUCCAGACUCUCAACCUCUGUGGGACUAAAAGUGACAAGAACAUUAAGUAUAUAGAGAAUCUGGAGAGGUGUGAGAGACUGCAGGUGCUUAAUCUCAGUUACAACAUCAUUCAGAAGAUGGAGAAACUGGACAGGUUACACAGACUCAAGGAGCUUGACCUCUCCCACAACACAAUACGGAAGCUUGAGGGCCUUCAGCACAUGGGGAGUCUCCAGCUGCUCAAUCUGUCCUAUAACCUGAUCGAGAGCGUCCCUCUGUGGCUGCCCAAGAGACUGCGCUCCCUAACCACCCUCAAUCUGCAGGACAACAGUAUCUCCUCGCUGCAUGAGCUGUGCAGGCUGAAGCCGCUGCUGAGCCUGAGUGAGCUGAGGGUGUGUGGGAACCCUCUGAGCCUGCUGCCUCACCACCGCCCUCUCCUCAUCUACCACCUGAGGGCGCUACAGCUGCUCGACACACAGGCCGUGAGCCAGCACGACAGAGACCAGGCUCAUCAGCGCUUCCACAUGGUCUGCACUGCUUACUGUUUUCUGUCUCUCUUCUCCAUCUUAUUGGGUUUCUGUAUUUACCUCUCCAUCUUCUCCUUGCCUUCGGCUCAGACCUCUGUAUCUGAUAUUCUUCUGGAAUCUGUAUGCCAGCUGAGGCAGAAGACAGGGGAGUUGACGCGGGCGUGCCAGAAGCACUAUGAGCUGGAGCAGGAACUGGCCUUCCUCAAGAUCGAUGCCAAGUUUGAGCCGCUGCCCUAUGUGCCAGGACAGGACGCAGGACCUGGCAGCGGGCCUAGCGAGAGCCCCUACAUCGGGAAGGCUCGUCACCAGAGGAGACCCGUAGCUAGAGCCGAGCCUGAUGCGGAUGACCAGCCCGGUCCAGCCAGUAGGGUCGCCUCGGUAUCAUGGAUCAGCCCCGGAGAUGUUUCCGAUAAAGCUGAGGAGAGCAGAGAAGAGGAGCGGCUGCAGCUGCUACAGGUGGAGAUAAAGCGUCUUGAGCAGCAGAUCGUUUCGGCCAAUCAAGAGCUCCGAGGCCUGGAGGAGACUGCUACUCAGAAGCGGGUGUGUGAGGCUGAGCGGGAGCGUAUCCGUCAGCAUCUCAUGGUGAAGCUGCAGGAGCUGAGGAAGGACCAGGCGGAAGCCCAGAGUCUGGAGACGCAGCUGGACACCCAUGCAGCCCACAUGGGCCGCGCACAAACACAGCUGGACCUGCUCACUGACCAGCUACAGAGCCUAGAACCGUCAGAGCCCAAACACGAUCAUCUGAAGGCCCAGGUGUCUCGUCAGAAGCAGCUGCUGGACAUCAUGAGCCAGCGUCAUGCGGAGCUGGAGGCCAGACUGGACUACAUGAUCACGCGCAUCGCCCAGGAGACCCAGGACAUCCAGGACCUGGAGCAGCAGCUCACCGAUGGUCAGAUCUUGGCGAAUGAGUCUCUGAAGCGGGAGUUGGAGGACGUGAUCUCGGGCCUGCAAGAGUAUCUGUGUGGGGUCAGAGGUCAAGCUUGCCAGGCCCAGAGCGACUGCCGCCGCCUCCAGAGCCAGAACCAGGCGCUAGAGCGCCUCCUGCAGGACAGAGAGGAGCAGUGCAGGCAGUUGCAGCACGGGCAGGAGGAGGAGAGGAGCACAGAGACAGAGAAGCUGAGAGCAGAGCUGAGUAGGCUGCGAUCACUCACUAAGGUAGAGCGGGCAGCUCUUGAAGCAGAGCUUCAGAAUGAGAGACAGGCCAGAGAAAACGCUGAGGUUCGCAUCCAGCUAGAGACUGAAAACCUUCUGGAACACAUCAGCUCACUAAAGGAGGAGAGUGAUGCUUUGCGAGACGAUGCUGCUGAACUACAGACUAAACUGCAGAGCACCUCCGCAGUCUUCAUCCACCCAGAUGAUCUACUGCAGCGCCUGCAGAGCCUUACACAGAACCUCAGCACAGACACACCUGACGCCAGUGUGGGAGCCACUCUACAGAACGUUGCUGUGGAGGAGCGUCUACAGGAGCUGCAGCAGGAGGUCUGGCGUCUGGUCAGACAGGAGAGGGAGCAGAGGGAGGAGUCUAAACGGCUGCAGGAGGAGAGGGAGGAGUCUAAACGGCUGCAGGAGGAGAGGGAGGAGUCUAAACGGCUGCAGGACGAGUGGGAGGAGGCUAGACGCCAGCAGGAGACUCUGAGUGGGGAACUGCAGCUCCUGAGACAGCAGCUCACAAGCGUGCAGAAACAGAACCAGCAGCAGACUUGGGAGGCUGCCAAGAAGAAGAGUGAACAUGAGACGGAGCUCCGCAAGCUGAGGGAGGAGCUUCAAGGGGACCAAGAGGUGGAGCUUCAGAGGCUGAGGGAGGAGCUUGAGGCUGCACAGGAGGCAGAACUCCAGCAACUAAAGGAGGAGCUUAGGGAGAGACAGGAGGCGGAGCUUAACAGACUGAGGAAGAAGCUUCAGAAGGCCCAAGAGGCGGCGCUUCAGGGCCUAAGGGAGGAGCUUCAGGAGGCCCAGGAGCAGCAGUACCUGAUGAGCCAACGUCUGCAGGAGGCUGAGAGCGAGCGGGAGGGCCUCCUCAUGGAGCUGCACCAGCAGGACACACAGGCUCUGGAGGAGCUGAAAAAGAGUGUGUCUAGUGCUGACAGGAGAGCUGGUCAGCAGUUGGCCGCAGUCACACAGCAGCUACAGACACUCUACAGGACAGCACUGCAUAUACGCCAGCAGAGGGAGCAGGAUGCAGAGCAGCUGGAGGACUCUCGGCAGCAUAUGGCUGAGGCGGGUCAGGACCUGGAGAGGGCUGAAACAGAGACGGCUUUUCUGCAGAGGCAGUGUGUGUUAGAUAGUAAAAGUGCUGGAAGCCCAGAAAGCAGCCACCAGCAGGAGGACCUGGAGCAGUUAACUAGAGCUGUCAAGACUGACUGAACAGCUGAGCCAGGCUUCUAGAGAUAAGAGUUUGAGUGUGGAGGAGCUCCUGGAUGAGAUGGUUUCCCUGAGGGACACCCUAAAGCAGAGCAGCUAUGUGUCCAACCUGCAGGACAGCCACAGGAGCGGACACUGGUACUUCAUCCAC